AUGUCAAUUCCUGAACAAACAAGCGUUCUGGUGGUAGGCGGUGGCCCUGCGGGUUCUUACGCCGCCGCCGUUCUGGCGCGUGAAGGCAUCAACACUGUGCUGUUGGAGGCCGAUCUCUUCCCUAGAUACCACAUCGGCGAGAGUAUGCUUCCGUCAAUGCGUCAUUUCCUCCGCUUCAUCGACCUGGACGAGACCUUUGAUAAAUAUGGAUUUGUGCAAAAGUUUGAUCUAGAUACUGAUUUCGUGGCUGCCGGUGGUCCUGAUGCCUAUGCCUGGAAUGUUGAUCGUGCCGAAGCCGACAACCUGAUGUUCCAGCACGCUGGCAAGAGUGGCGCCAAGGUUUUCGACGGCGUCAAGGUCAACUCGAUUGAAUUCACAUCUUUGGAUGAGCAAAACGGCCAAAUUGACCCUGAGCUCCCCAAUCCCGGACGUCCUGUUUCUGCUGACUGGUCCCGUAAGGAUGGUACCUCCGGUACUAUCAAGUUUGAAUACAUUAUUGAUGCCAGUGGUCGUGCUGGCUUGGUGAGCACUAAAUACUACAAGAACCGCAAGUACAAUCAGGGAUUGAAGAAUAUUGCAAGCUGGGGCUACUGGGAAAACGCCAAGGUUCAUGCUCCUGGUACCCAGAGAGAGGGCCAGCCUUUUUUUGAGGCCUUGCAAGACGCCAGCGGCUGGGUCUGGACCAUUCCUUUGCACAACAACAAAACUUCCGUGGGAGUUGUUAUGAACCAGGCUACUGCCACUACCAAGAAGAAGGCCAUGGAGGAUUCAUCUACAAAGGGUUUCUAUAUCGAUACCCUGAAAUCCACUCCCGAGACAUACGACCUCAUUGCCGAUGCUGAGCUUGUGUCUGAUAUUAAGUCCGCCUCCGAUUGGUCUUACAGCGCCUCAACCUAUGCUACCCCGUACAUUCGCAUUGCGGGUGAUGCAGGAUGCUUUAUUGACCCCUACUUCUCCUCUGGAGUUCACUUGGCGCUGGCCUCCGGUCUUUCGGCUGCCACCACCAUCUGUGCUGCCAAGAAGGGUCAACUCACGGAGUCUGCCGCUGCCAAGUGGCACUCCAGCAAGGUCGGAACUGGAUACACUCGUUUCCUGGUCGUCGUUAUGAGUGCUCUGAAGCAGAUCACAAAGCCAGAGGAACCUGUUAUCGGUGACUGGGAUGAGAAGAGCUUUGACCGAGCCUUCUCUAUGUUCAAGCCUAGUAAGUUUUUCCCCUUCACUAUUUCUCUACAAACGAGUCUAAUCGUUUCUCUUUCAGUCAUCCAAGGUAGUGCGGAUGUGAAGAACAACCUCACCGCAGAAGAGAUCUCCCAAACAAUCGACUUCUGCAUGAAGGCAUUCCACCCAGCGCCCAAGGAGCAGCGUGAAGCUAUUUUCGAUAAGCUGGCCACUGGCAGUGGCGCUUCUAGUGGUUCCGCAAACCCCACUCUUUCUGAACAGACACUUUCCGCCGAUGAGGAGCGGAUCUUGACAACCAUGAGAGCCAGAAACGCUAUCCGAACGGAGGACUUGAUUCACAUUGAUAACUUCAGUGUCGAUAUUGUUGAUGGAAUGGUCCCUCACUUGAAGCGUGGAGAGUUGGGUCUUAUUGAUGCUGCAAAGGCUCAGGUCAAGGCUCCCAGUGCUGAUACUAAGCAAUCGGUCUCCAUCUUCUCGUACUAG